UUGCAUAGAAAUGUACACACAGCCGUGCGUGCCGACCGAGAGGAAGGACGUCCGUUCCUCCUCUGCGCACAGUGUUCCAAAAGGAAGUCUGCGGGGAUAAUGUAAUGCCCCCCCUGCUGAACAACUUCCCAGUGUGCCUCUUGAGUCUGCUACGGGAAUAAUCCUACAUAGAGGGAAGUACUGAGCUGAUUAUUUCAUGAGAAUGAUGACAUGCCUACAUAAGAAUAAGGACAGCUCCAAACGAAGGUGUGUGAUACACUUUUCUCUUAACGCCUGAAAACGGACCGAGGAGUCGAGAGAGGAGCAGAAACUUUGAUAAGCAAUUCGGUUUGAGUUUUUUUUCUUCCCAGUAUGGAGCAGGAAGAAUGCAAGGUAUCAGUAUGGGUCUGCCGGGAGGAGAAGCUGGUCUCAGGGCUGUCCAAACGCACCACCUGCGCGGAUGUUGUAAAAGUUCUACUGGAGGACCAAAACUUGCCGCAAGGUGCGUCAGCGGCGAUGCAGUCUGGGACCCCCCAGUCUUACUGCAUUGUGGAGAAAUGGAGAGGCUUUGAGAGGAUGUUACCCAAUAAAACCAAAAUCCUGCGUCUCUGGAGCGCCUGGGGAGAUGAGCAGGAAAACGUGAGGUUUGUGUUGGUGAAGAAUGAGGCAUCGUUACCGAACAACGGACCCAGGAGCGCCGAGGCGCGAGUCGUUCAGAGCAAAGACAAUCCGUGCGUAUUCAAGGGAGCAGCCAAGACCACAAUGGCUUUCUCACAAGAAAAGCAACGGAGGAUUGUUAGAAAAGCUUUUAGAAAGUUGGACAAAAUUAACAAAAAGAGAGAAGAGACUUUUCCUAAGGAUAAAUCCUCAGUGGAGAAAUUGGAAACGUUUGUGCACUUGGUUAUCUCGCAAGAUCACACCAUCCGCCAGCAGAUCCAAAGGAUCAAAGAGUUGGAUAGGGAUAUAGAGAUGUAUGAGGCAAAAGUGCACUUUGACAGAAUUAAGAGACAUGGUAUCAAUUAUGUGCAGGACACAUACAUGGUGGACUCGAGCGUGGAGGCUGAUCCAAUAGAGGACGUUCCACGUUCAGCGGAGGCUAUUGCGCAGUUUGAGGAGUACGCUCUUAGGUGCGAGGAGGUCCUGCGACUUCAGGAGGAGUUGACAGAGCGCGAAGCUCUCAUGGAAUGCAUCACAGGUGAAAUUCAGGAGGAGCUAAACCAAAGGUGGAUGAAAAGACGGCAAGAUGAGCUGUCGGGCAAAGACACAGAACGUUUUGGGGAGUCUGUGGACAUCCCCGUAGCUGCAGUGGCUCCACAGCCGGCAGCACAGUCAGUUGCCGCCGCCCCAGAGCCAGAUGUGAACAGUCUAUCAGAUAACGACUUGGUUUUAGAGGGGAAGAUAAUCAAAUCAAAGCUGGAUACCAGUUUAUAUAUUGGUCUUCGUUUAAACACGGAUUUAAAGGCUGUUAAGGGUGAUUUGGACUUAAGCCAGGAGCUAUGGGACGCGAAAGAAAAAGAACUAACGGAUUUGCUCGCAAAAAUGCACUCUAUGAAUUUAAAUAAGGAAAAGUUACUCGAGGCUGAUAAAGAACACUCUGAGACUGACAUGUUGCCUUCCUUGGAGAAAAGCGGUGGGUGGGUGGAGCAGACCAGAGGUCUGUCCAAGACCUGCGACAUGAACGACGAAGAUUCAGACACGGGGCUGAGCUCCAUGCAUAGCCAGGACUCUGACAAUACACCUGUGUGUGAAUCACUGGUGUAGCUAACUCUUUAUUGAACUUUUGAAAAAUAUGCAACGCAAACUCAGGGACAGUGGAAUUCUCUACACUAAACAAUAUGUUUCUCCGUUUCCUUCAAAAGGCUUCAGCAUGGACACCGUACAUAUAUGUAUGAUAGUCAACUCACUCCACAAUAGCUUGUCUUUAAAUAGGCCACUCUCAGAUAUUCAGCCAGUAUAGACAAGCAAUAGAAUUUACGAUCAUAUUAUGCCAAUUGUGCUGAAAUCCUGACAAAAGUUGUGGAAAGUGGAUAUAGCUUGCUAUGCUGUUUCUGUGUCACAAGUACUAUUUAUCAGAACAUGUUUAGAAUUAGGGAAAACAACAACUGCAUUGAACUGCAAAGACCCACAUCACUAUGAGCAUUCAACGAUAAACAUACAGGUUACUGUGGAAAUAAAGUAUUAACAAAUAUUGAUCUGUUUGAUUUAGCACAUGUAUAAGUAGGACAAAUGGUUUAAGAGUUGGCUAUGCAAAUCACAUAUUUCAUUUGCAUUGGAAUUAGUCCUACCUCACGAGAAAGUCAAACGUUGUAGAUAGAUGUUUUGCAUCCUUUAGGGGCCAUGCUUUGGGGGUGUGUGAUGUGUGCGUGUCAUGUUCUGCUGUUUUUAAUUGGAGUCUGUGGAGUAGCAGAGCAUGAACUUCUGCAUUAAUGAUGAUUAGUGUAAAUGCAUGCCUUUUUACUAAACUGUUUCACUAACAGAGCAAACUGUUCACUAUUAACCAAGCGAGGGAAUUUUUACUGUUAGGUUUGUAACUUUCAUGCCAAACUUUUCACUGUACUCUGAAGUGGGUGUUCAAAAAGUUGGAUAGGUGCCAGUGCAUUAAACUGCAACUCUAUUCUAUCCAUCUGGAGGCAGUAUCUGCUGGCCAUCUUUAGGCCUACAGAUUUCUGUUGUUGUUUUUGUAACACUAUCUGCCUAGGAGAGCCAGGCUCAAACCUGCCGAGAUGUAGCAUUUCCCAGAGGGUAACUUCUAGAAAUAUCAAAAUACAUUCUCCAGAGGGAGGUUUUUGUUAAUUGAUCAUGUUGUUUCAGCAUGACUAACCUUUCAUAUUCAGAUGCCAGGCUGCUGAUGCAAAUCCAAUGCAAAUUGGCCAGACUAGCUGUCACCUUACCCAGUAAUUGUUUAAUUCAUCCGUGUAGUUGAUCCUCACUUUCUCUCCGGUUGCUUGACAGCAUGAUACCAAUACCCUAUUGAUGGCAAUGCCCUAUUCAGUUACCGUACAAUUUGUUGUGCCAAUCAACCUCAUGGAUCGGUAGUUCUCAGCAUGCUUUAUAUCAGGACAACCACUUGAGAGCUCUAAUCUAAUCAGUCUAUCAGGAGUCAGUACAAGUAAUAGAAACUGCAGUGUAUAUGAACGCUGGGAAAGCUAAGACAGACAACAUACAACAUCCCAAAGUCAAAACCCAGACUGUUUCUGUUUAUGCAACCCAGUCUGCUUUUGUGUUUGGGCGUUAUGUGUUGUUGUGCCCCCCCUGUGUGCUCCCUGGGCUGUGUUUGGCACUGGGCAGCAGGGCUGUAUGAAAGCAGCCAGAGAGCAGCUGCCUAGCCUGGCUCACUCUGUUGAAAACAGUGGAGUUUACAUAAGUCAGAGAUGAAGGCUGGGCCAGGCCUUAUGUUCUACUGUUCUGGGGUGAGCUGGGACUGGGACUGUGUGAGAAGGGAUGUCUGUGUUUCAGAUCCAGAGGAUUUGAGUCCCCAACAGCCUAGUGCCACAUGAUGCUUUAAAUAUGACUUUAGACAACAGAGGGGGAGACUCCGCUUAUGGAAUAUGCCUUCAAAUGGUUGUUAUUCAUAUCCAGGCAUUUCUGUCUAAAACAUUCAUGUCUGGGAUUGACGAUUUGCAGGUGUCAGAUGUGACACUAAUACUCUGUUGGUUCUCUAAACUACUGAUAUUAGUUGUGCCAUAUGUAUGAAAUUGAUCCCAGUGAGAGGCAAGUAAGCAGACAGGCAGGCAGGCAGACAGACAGGCAGACAGACAGACAGACACAUAAAGCGUUUUAGUGGAUAGCACCCUGGCAACCAUCAGUCAGCGAUAGCCUAACACUGAAACACAACAUUGUUGCAUUAUCCUCAAUCAGCAUUUUCACCUCAAACGUAUCCAUACACUAUGCCAUAUGCAGUACUUACAUUUUUUUUUUUUUAGGCAUAACCAUCUGUGCCAGGGAUUUCCUGUACCAUUUCUGCUACGUUUUUGUUGUACUAUUACCCCCUUUUUCUCUCCAAUUUCGUGACAUCCAAUUGGUAGUUACAGUCUUGUCCCAUUGCUGCAACUCCCCUACUGACUCGGAGAGGCGAAGGUCGAGAGCCAUGCGUCCUCCGAAACAUGACCCUGCCAAGCCACACUGCUCACUGAACCCGGAAGCCAGCAAUACCAAUGUGUCAGAGAAAACACCAUCCAGCUGAUGACCGAAAUCAGCUUGCAGGCGCCGGGCACGCCACAUGGAGUCACUAAAUCCCAGCAGGCCAAACACGCCUCUAACUCGGACAAAUCUGGGCCAAUUGUGUGCCGCCUCAUGGGUCUCCCGGUUACAGCCGGCUGUGACACAGCCUGGGAUCGAACCCAGGUCUGUAGUGACGCCUUAGACCACUGCGCCACUCGGGAGGCAGUCAUUUCUGCUACUUUUGUAUGAUAACACUAUCAGGACGGUUUUAUCAUAAUGGAGUUGCAUAAUGCAGACAUAAGGGAAAAGACACUCUCGGAGAGACCUUCUGCACUCUUCAACCUCCUAUUUCACUCAUGCAGUGCACCCUUAGUGCAGUGCACCCAUGCCCUGGCGAUGUUCUCAUGGGUCAUCAACCUCAGGAGAUAGCGGACCUAUAAAUAGUUAAAGAGCAGCAGCCUGUAAGGCCGGGGUCAUUCUUACGCCAUGUCGAGCUGAAUAGGACCAGCCCUCUAAAACAUUUAGGGCAGAAUCCUGACUUCCACUUCAUCUGAAUUGUUCAUUUGUCUCCCAUUGACAUCAAUGCGUGACAAAGUGAUAGAGAAUCGCUCCAUACAGAAAUAUUUAUGAAUAGUCCAAUUUAAGAGACUUGUGUGAUAUUCAAAUGUAUGCCAUGCGUGCAUGGUGCAAAACCAUUCAGAUGAGAUGACCCAGGCUCAUAAUGUGUUCGCUGGAAUGAGCCCAGCAGUUAAUAUCCGUAUGGGAUCCAAUAGGCCCUGGUGGCUGUCGUUAGGAAAUACUACUGUCAGGAAAACAAUCUGUCCAAUAUAAUAAAACCAACAUAUAUUCCGUCAGACGGACAGACAGCCCGAACAUAACACACCUCAAAGUGCUUACUGCCAACCACUCUCAUCCCUGUCCAGACCAUUAGAGAGGAGUACCCAUGUACCAGAUAGGCUAGUAGGGGAUUAUUCUACUCUGGAGCUAGGUGUUCCACAAGUGGCCUGUCAGAUGGGUGGCUGAGCCUCUAGUCACACCAAACUCUGGUGCAUGUUCAGCAGGGCACAACAUUGAAAUACGUUCAGGAAUAAAUAUGUUAUGUAGAACAUGCCUCUCGGACAUGUAGUCUCUGCUCAUGACAUUUCUAUCUGCAACGUUUGACCAUGUUUUCCUACUGAAUGUGGCCCUGAAAGGGUGAUAUAGAAGAGCAUAGAGACAGAGAGAGAAGGGGGGGGUCUGUCAGAGCUCCUAGAAAAGUGUCUAAUUAACUUGAUGAGCCUGUCUGCUCUGUUUAUCAGUCAGUCUGGCUGGAUGAACAUGGAACAUCCAGACUAAGGCGUGGACUUAUAAAUAUUUGAUGACGACAACUCAGCCAGGCUGUGUGGUGCCAUCUGACAGAGUAAUUACACACAGACAGAGCCACUCACAAGCCCUGCCAUAACUCACUCACAACCCGAAGAGCCACUCAGCCAUAUUGAUUUAUAGGCCUAUUAUAGAGGGAUGGGUUCGUUUGUCUUGCUCCAUUCCUAGAUCUAAAGCAAAGUAGCUCAACUGGGUUGCUCUAACAUGCAGGACCAAUUAAUGCUAUGUAAACCAGUCUGCUAUUUUUAAAAUACCAGUCUGCUAUUUGUGUUUUUUUUGGCGCUGAUCGUAUGCAUCGGCAGGACAUGACUGCAGCGUCGGGUAAACUCUAGGGGUUGGUGUGUGUCUCUUUGUUAACAGCUGAUGCAUGAUCUCUAAUGUUAAGGAGGUCUUGAGGUUCUGCUCGCUUGAGUUAGAAUAGCUCAUGAUAAGAUGUAGACCAUACUAUUUACCAAGAGAGUUUGUGUCUUGUAAGGGUUUUCCUGUGGUGAAGGAGAGGCGGACCAAAAUGCAGCGUGGUGGUUAUUCAUGUUC